AUGGGCCCCAGUCCCCCUGCCCUCCCGAGGAAGAAAGCAGUGGCCUGGCACGCCUGGCAGACCCUCCACUGCCUCCGUCCCCGCAGGCAGAAGAAGAAGGUGGCUUAUUCCACUUACAUCCACAAGCUCCUAAACCAGACGUGGUCCACCGGAGCCUCCUGCCUGGCAGUUACCGCACUUUCCUGGCUGGGCAGCUCCCAGCUGCUUGGGGACGUGGCGCUGGAGGCCGCACGGCUCUCCCGCUCUGGCAGAAGAAGCCACCUUGGCUACCGAGAGGUCCUGCUGGCCAUGAAGCUGGUGCUGCUGCGUGGGCUCUCCAAGCCUCCUCCAGGAUCCUCAGGCU